AUAAUUAUUUUUUUUAGUACACAAUCAAACAUAUAAUAAUGUAUAUAAACAUAAAAUAAUUUUAGAUUAAUUAAGAAAAUUUAGACUUUUAAAAAAUUAACAAAUUUUAUGUUUUCUAUGAUAAUUAAUUAUAUAAUAUUUUAUAUUUAAUAUAUAUAUGUAAUUAAUUUUAUUUAUUGAUAAUGAAAAAAUUUGUGUCCCAACUAAUAGUGGCCACUAUUGCCUCAGUCUAUGGCCUACUAGUGUCGUGUUAUCUAUUGAUUUCAAUGGUUAAAAAUGGUUCAAAAUAUUUCUAUAUCAAGCGCCGGGAUGUACCACCCGAUUGUCUACAGGAUCCCGAUCUGGGAACACAUCAUUACGUCCAACUCAAGCAAAUACGUAUGCAUUAUGUAUCAAAAGGGGAUCCAUUGACUGCAAAACAGACCCUACUGUUCAUACAUGGCUUUCCCGAGUUUUGGUAUUCAUGGCGCCAUCAGAUCCGUGAGUUUGGUGGCGGCGGCGGCGGCAAUAAUGGCGAUGACUAUCAUGUCAUAGCAGUGGACAACCGGGGUUACGGUCAAACAGAUCAGCCCCGGGGUAUCCAUAACUAUACAAUCGAUAAGAUUGUCGACGAUUUCAGGGAUCUAUUAACGGAACUCCGGUUACGUAAUGUAGUAUUGGUUGCCCACGACUGGGGCGGUGCUAUUGGCUGGGGGUUUGCCCUAAAAUAUCCGGAACUGGUAUCCAAAUUGAUUAUUAUUAAUAGUCCGCAUCCGAUGAUGUAUCGCGAAGCCAGGGCACAGGGAUGGCAACAAUUUUUCCUAUCGUGGUAUAUGUUUUUCUUUAGUCUACCUAAACUACCGGAGCUGGCAUUACAGUCAAACGACUACUAUAUAUUUGACUACUCGUUUCGUAAGGCUAAUGGACAGCCGGUUCUAGGCCCGGGUGAUAAUUUAGAUGCCUAUAAAUAUACAUUUCAUAGGUCAGGGUUUACCGGACCAUUGAACUGGUAUCGGGCUAUGAUAUGGGGCUAUAAUACGGCUGUACAGCCUAGCAAUGGCUACAGGGUUUCGACUAUACCUACGCUUAUCAUUUGGGGUACUAAAGAUAGCUAUCUGUCCCCACAGUUAGCCGCUGCGCACAAAUAUGUCGACAAUCUAACCGUCCGCUACAUUGACGGCUGUUCUCAUUGGACACAAAUGGAAGAGCCAUUAGUGGUUAACAAAUAUAUUAGAGAUUUUAUUCAGUAA